UAAGCGAAGGUAUUGAUGGGAUAUUGCUUAUGUGAAGGCUCCGUCGCCAAGUUCAGCUGUGAUGACUGUGUCUCUGGAUGGUUAUCUUGAGCCACAUCGUUUGUCCUUCAGUUCACCGCCGGGAUCGGAGUUGAUAGCGGCUCAGGGUGGAUCAGAUGAGUCUUAUCCGGUGUUUUCUCCACCGCCAAUGGAUGAGAAUCGAUCUGGAGCACAAAAUAAUUCCCUACAACCGCCGGCAAAGCAAUCUUCGCGGGAGUCACACAGACAACACCGGAGACAAUCGAGUUUGAAUACUGUUUCCUGGCCAGAUCAAUUUGAUGGAGGAACCAGAAAUAGACUGGCGUCAAGUAAUCUUGAUCCGCCUGAUGAGGCGGACGAUGCGUCUGAGUCACCGAGAUUGCGCCAUGGACACCGAAGGGAGUCCAGCAUGGGCACAUCCUGGGCAGCGGACACUGUCAAUCCGCAGCGAAGGGCCAGCGAUAUCUCCUGGGCAAUUGUGGAUGACGAGAUCUCAGCCAGAAGUGUUCCACGACGAAGGCCGUUCAGUUGGGGUCCUGUUGGCGAAGCUUCCUAUCGCCAAUCACUCCUGUCCACCUCGUCGCGAUCACCAGUGUCUCAUCACGAGUGUAACUAUUUCCCUCCCAAGAAGCACGUAGAUGAGAAAAAAGCGAAGAGGCUGUAUAGAGAUCUGAAGAGGAAGAGAGCUUGCACACAAAUCUUUGUUCUUAUUAUGUAAAUAACACUGCCAGAAUCACUGUAAAUAGUGCGAGUGCAAGAGAAGGUAAAGAACUUCACACAUGGACAAUAAAAUUGAUUUAUUUUGCUUGCAUUUGUUUUACUGCUACAAUUUUUUUUCUCUCUUAUUUUUUAGGCUCUGUAAAUCACA